AUCCACUUGAGAUUUGGUUUGAGUGGGAGAAGUUUUGUUCAAGUGCCGUGGCCAACUUUUCUGGCUUCUCUUCUCCACAUGCUUUGCUCACCCUCCAUGCCCAUGGCGACGCAUUCUUCCUCCUUUUCUCACCAAACCCACACGUCUCUCAAACCCCAUGCAAUCCUCAUCUCAAUCUUUCCCUUCUUCCUGCUCUUUUUGUGUCCAGUUAUCGCAUUUUCUGGUUCUGAAAAUGGAGUAGGCACAAAAUAUGAUUUGUUUCCACAAAUCCUAAAGGAGGAGGCUGUGUCAAGGCUAUAUGAGCUUGGAAAGGUUAGUGAUGCGGAUAACUAUCUAGAGAGGACUUUCCAAAGCCCAGCUUCGGUAAGAGCUGGAAACCUGAUCCGUUCAUGGAUGGAGGAUGCGGGUUUGAGAACAUGGAUAGACCAAAUGGGAAAUGUUCAUGGUCGAAUUGAGGGGAUUAAUCCAAGUGGGAAGGCUUUGUUAAUUGGCUCUCAUUUGGACACUGUUAUUGAUGCUGGAUAUUUUGAUGGCUCGCUUGGAAUAAUAACCGCGAUAUCUGCAUUGAAGGUUUUGAAAACAACCGGGCGAUUAGAGAAACUAAGCAAACCGGUGGAGGUUAUUGCUUUCAGCGAUGAGGAAGGAGUUAGGUUUCAGUCGACCUUCUUGGGUAGUGCGGCUAUUGCCGGUACAUUACCAGUUACAACAUUGCAUAUACAUGAUAAGGGUGGUGUGACAAUGCAAAGCGCUCUCAGAAAAAACUCUAUAGAUAUUACAGAAGAAAACCUAUUGAAGCUCAAAUACGACCAAGAAUCUGUUUCAGACUAUAUUGAAGUUCAUAUUGAACAGGGUCCCGUGUUAGAGAAUCUUGGCCUUCCUCUUGGUUUAGUUAAAGGCAUUGCAGGACAGACAAGGUUAAAGGUGACGGUGAGAGGCACACAAGGGCAUGCAGGAACGGUACCCAUGGCUAUGCGCCAAGAUCCUAUGGUUGCAUCUGCUGAACUGAUUGUAUUAUUGGAAAACCUUUGUAAACAACCCGAGUAUUAUCUCUCCUAUGACGAUGAAUGCCAGACAUCAACGGUGAAAUCUCUUGCAGGGUCUCUCGUCUGUACUGUUGGAGAAAUUUCAACCUGGCCAAGCGCAAGUAACGUCAUACCAGGCCAGGUGAAAUUCACUGUAGACAUAAGGGCAAUGGAUGAUACAGGACGAGAAGCUAUCAUCUAUGAAUUUUCGAACCGCAUGCAUCAGUUAUGCGACAAGCGCAACAUUUUUUGUGUCAUUGAACGCAAGCACGAUGCAAAUGCAGUGGUUUGCGAUCGCGAACUGAGUUCGCAGCUAAAAUCUGCAGCACACACCGCUUUUACAAGAAUUACCGGGGAGACAACCGACGAUGAUGUGCCUGUACUGAUGAGUGGAGCUGGGCACGACGCAAUGGCCAUGUCUCGUCUAACCAAGGUCGGGAUGCUAUUUGUGCGCUGCCGUGGAGGCAUUAGUCAUUCCCCCGAAGAGCACGUGUUGGACGACGAUGUUUGGGCAGCUGGUAUGGCAAUCUUGGCGUUUCUGGAGACGCUCUUGUAAGUACUCGCUCAAUCCAAAUACCCACGGGAGAGCCCCCUCUUGAUUCAUUCGAUUGAUUCAACGAGCCGACGGGAGAGCCCCCUCUUGAUUCUAGUUGAUUCAACUAGACUCGGCUGAAUUAGUCUCAUCUUGUAUAAUAUGGAUAUUAGCACAAUAUGAAAAAAAAAAAAAAAAAAACCUUUGUAGGAAACAUUGCCUAGCAAUUUUAUUCUACAAUUGUGAAUAUGCAAUAAAGUCAGUGGUCUUUAUUUU